UCUCAUUUUGGCUUAGGCGAUUCAGAUCUUAGGGUUUCUUUUCUGCGAAGCCCUCUUGCCAGAGCCACCACCUCCGAUCCUAGGUUUUCUUUUCCCUUCUCUUGAAAGCUGACAUCCACCGCGCUUCUCGAUUCGCCUCCACAGUAUCCAAGCGGUUUUGCGGUGAUUUGAGGGAAAACCCCAAACCCAGAAACACGUUGUAUAACCUAUCAAUCGAAGAUGUCUCGUUGCUUCCCGUUCCCCCCUCCUGGGUAUGGGGCACGUGGCGAGGCCUUGAUCGAAUCGAUUAAGUUCCGAAUGGAGAUGGAGAAGGCCAAGAAAGACCGGAAGGAGAAGAAAGAGAAGAAGAGAGAGAAGAAGGAGAGAAGGAAAGAAAAGAAGGAAAAGAAACUUAAAGAAGGAACAUCAACCUUUCAUGGCAGUGAUGAUGGCAAAGAGCUCAAGCUCAUUAACGGAACAACAACCACUCAUGGCAAUGAGAAUGGCAAAAAAAGGAAGCAUACAGAAGGAACAACAGCCUCCCAUGGCAGUGAUAGCAAAAAGGUCAAGCUUAUCAAGGGAACAACAACUUCUCAUGUCAAUGAUGGUGGCAAAAAGUUCAAGCUCAUUAAUGAAAUUAAGGAAACCAAAGCAGACACGAAGUUGCAAAAGGGUGAAGACUGUGAGAAUGAACUAAUUGAGAGGAGUGGAAUUACAGAGGAACUUGAACAACCAGUCACAUCUGUGGAGCCAUGCUGCUGGUCUGAUAGUACUCAAAGCAGCAAGAGGAAAAGGAACUCCCUUCAAUCAACUCAUGAUCAUGGACUUCCUAUCAAAAUUAGGCUUCCUUUGAGGAAGCAUAGAGAACCUGAAGAAUCAAAACCCAUAUCAAAAUUUAAUGUGGGGUCUUCUGGAAGUGUGGGAAUUGCAGAUCCCCUAGUUAAAACUGCCCUUGUAAGUGAUCGUCAGUCACAACGUCCCAUGAUUACAGAGCCCAAACGUCCCAUGAAUACAGUUCCAAAACGGGUUCUUGGAAACUCUGUUAAUAGUCGUAGCAAGGUGUUGCCGAAUUUAGUUCAUGGAGAUGCUGUGACCACUAAAACCACCCUUGGAAGUGAUCGGCAGUUACAAUGUCCGAAGAAUACAGUGCCCAAACGUGUUCCUGGGAACUUUGAUUCAGUUCAGGGAGAUGCUGUGGCCACUAAAAGUACCCUUGGAAGUGAUUCUCAGUCACACCUUCUCAAGAAUACACAGUCCAAACGGGUUCUUGGAAACUCUGAUUCUAGACAUGGCAACUUGAUGCAGAAUUUAGUCCAUAGAGAUGCUGUGGUCGCCAAAAAUACUCUUGGAAGGGAUCGCCAGGUGCAGAGGCUCACCGAUGCAGAGAUGCAACAACUCACCAUUACAGAGUCCAAACGGGCUCUUGGAAAUUCUGAUCCUAGACAUGGCAAACCUGUGCAGAAUUCAGUCCAUAGAGCCACGGUUGCCAAAAAUACUCUUAGGGAUCCCCAGGUGCAACAACCCUCUAUUACAGAGGUGCAACAACUCACCAAUACAGAGGCCAAACGAGCUCUUGGAAACGCUGUUCCUAGACAUGGCAAAGCCGUGCAGAAUUCAGUCAACAGAGAUGCUGUGGUUGCUAGAAAUACUCUUGGAAGUGAUCGCCAGGUGCAACAACCUACCACUACAGAGGUGAAACAACCCCCCACUACAGAGGUGCAACCAGUCGCCAUUACAGAGCCCAAACGGGCAGUUGGAAACUCUGAUCCUAGACAUGGCAAAGCCGUGCCAAAUUCUGUCCAAAGAGAUGCGGUUGCUGCUAAAAAUACUCAUGGAAGUGAUCGUCAGUUGCAUUGUCUCGUGAAGUCAGAGCCCAAACAGGUUAUUGGGAAGUCUGAUUCUAGGCAUGGCAAAGCAAAGCAAAAUUUGGUUCCUGUAGAUGCUGCUUUGGUCACAAAAACUGCUGUUGACGAUGAAAUGGAAAAAGUUGCAUCUUUGUUCAAGUGCUUGUUACAGAUUCCUCCAAUAGCGUGUGAUGGAUUGGACCCAGUAGAUGAAGAUUGGUUAUUUAGUUCUGAACCGAAGGAGGCAAGGCCGGUCUCAAAGAAACAGAAGACUGAUUCUGAGACCUAUGUCCUUCCGUUUUCAAAUACUCCAUGGCCUCCUCGUGCUCAGAAUUUGCCUGAGAUCGAAAUAUAUGCGUUACCAUACGCAGUUCCAUUUUGAUUCUUUUUGGAAAUUUUGUUUGACAAUACGUAGUUUGAAAGUAGGGAGCUGUGUUCCAAUUGAUAGAACCAGUGCAUUAUUGUUUUUUUCUGAAAGAGAAAUACAUCCCUAAAUGACACAUGGGAAAAGAUUGCGAUAUAUUUCUGAAUAUGGUUGAUGUAAUUUUUUGUCUUGCAUAUAAAACCAGAUGGCAGCAGCAUUUGUUGAA